AUGGAUCAUAAAGGAAAGAAGCAAAGUGUUAUUACUUGUAAUACUCACACCUUAGUCGACCUAUUUACCGAUUUAACAAUAUCUUCACCGGAUAUAAAGAAGGAUGAAACCAAUCUUAAAAAUGAUAGAAUCAAAUUGUAUGUCGAUAAAGCAGAAAAGCGAACCGGCAAGAAAGAAAGUUCCAGUGGAAAAGGUUCCAAAAAUAAUAAAUCACGGAUCGAAGCCCUUCCUAUCCGGGGCCAAGUAAAUAUAACUAGUGCAGAGCGUACAAGGAGGAAGAAUGGUGGUGAACUUGCAUCAGAUAAUAAAACUCUAAGGCGUAGUAGAACAUUAGACCCCCUACACAAGAUUGCUGCCAUAAUUAAUCACAAGAGCUGUAAAAAUAUUCUAAUCCUGGCCGGAGCUGGCAUCAGUACAUCCAGCGGCAUACCUGAUUUUAGAUCUCCUAAAACUGGAAUAUAUAGUAUACUUAAGAAUAAUAAUUUAUCAAGCCCUACCGAUGCUUUCGACAUUGACUACUUUCGUAGCAAUCCCGCAGUAUUUUAUGAACUUGCCAAAGAUUUAUAUCCUGGGCAAUACAGGCCAAAUUAUGCUCAUUAUUUUAUUAAACUAUUGUGUGAUAAAGGGCUUCUUGGGCGAAUGUAUACACAAAAUAUUGAUGGUUUGGAAAGAUUGGCAGAUAUACCGUCAUCAAAAUUAGUAGAAGCUCAUGGUACAUUCUCGUCUGCAACAUGUACAUGUUGUAAGAAAACUUUUAAUGGAGAUUUUAUUAAGUCUGCGAUUAUGAAUAAGAUAAUUCCUAAGUGCGAUCGGUGUUCGGGCAUAAUUAAGCCAGACAUUGUAUUUUUUGGAGAAAAUUUACCUAAACGUUUUUACAAAUUAUAUAAAAAAGAUAUCGCAGGAUGCGAUCUGGUUAUCGUGAUGGGAACAUCUUUACAGGUUGAACCGUUCGCAAGUUUAGUCGAUAAAAUACCGCAACGCACCCCGCGAGUGUUGAUUAACAAGGAGAUUGUUGGACCUUUUACGCGGAAAAAGCGCCGAUUCACAGAUAUAAUCUACACUGGUGAUAUUGUUGAUGGCCUUAAAGAGCUUGCAAAAAAUGCAGGGUUAAGAGACGAAAUGAUUAGAUUGUCACUAGCGUCUAAAGCUUUUUAUCGCUAG